UUCGAGCUGGUCGUUGCCAUUUUGGACUUCUCGAAGAAAAGCUAACCUGCUUUGUUUUAAUUUUCCUACAACAAAACAAUUAAUUAUGUCUUACCGACCAACUAAUGACAGCAGAAUAUAUGUCGGCAAUCUUCCACCAGACAUAAGAAACAAGGAUAUUGAAGAUUUAUUUUACAAAUUUGGACGAAUUACAUUUAUUGACUUGAAAAACAGACGCGGUCCGCCAUUCGCUUUUGUUGAAUUUGAAGACCCAAGGGAUGCUGAAGAUGCAGUACAUCACAGAGAUGGAUAUAAUUAUGAUGGUUACACACUGAGAGUCGAAUUUCCACGUGGAGCAAGUGGAAGUGGUGGAGGCGGACCCAGUGAUGGAAUGGGUAGCGUUGGUGGUGGUGGUGGAGGAGGAGGAGGAGGAUAUAGUGAGCGUGGCAGAGGAGGAGGAGGAGGAUUUCAACGGAGUGAAAGAGGGGGAUUUGGUGGUGGAGGUGGUGGCGGUGGAAGAGGUAGAGGCGGGCCCCCAUCACGACGUUCGGAGUUUAGAGUUCUUGUUUCUGGUCUACCACCAACUGGUAGUUGGCAAGAUUUAAAAGAUCAUAUGCGAGAAGCUGGAGAUGUUUGUUAUGCAGAUGUUUUUAAAGAUGGUACUGGUGUCGUAGAAUUUCUGAGAAAAGAAGAUAUGAAAUAUGCUGUGAAGAAACUAGAUGACUCAAAAUUUAGAUCACACGAGGGAGAAAAUUCAUACAUUAGAGUAAAGGAAGAUUACAGGGGUGGUGGUCCAGCUGGAGCUAUGGGCAAAACAUCAAGAUCUCGAAGUCGCAGUUUCUCACCCAGAAAUGCUCGUGGUUCACCAAGAUACUCUCCUAUGCGUUCACGUUCUCCUUCAUUUAACCCUCAAAGGGGAAGAAUGAAUCGUUCACGAUCACCUUAUUGAAAAAGGGAUUGGAUCCUUUCACCACGAUUAUAUUAUAUUGAACAUUCUUGUGAAAAUGCCAAAUCACUUUAAAAUUAGUCAUAUUAAUUGUCUUGUCUGACAAAAUAUUAUAAUAAACUAAAACACAUUUCAGCUAAUUAAUAAGCAAUCUGGUGUCUUCACAAAAAUGUCUUUACUCUGAUCAUUUAUAGUUAUUACAUGUCAUGAAUUGUAGCACCAAAUUGUUAUCCAGGCAUUUUAACCAUUUUCAUCAACUUGCUUUUUUUUAUCGUAUCAAUUGUACAUACAGGGGAACAUAAAUAUUCACAGUUUUCAAAAUCAAAUCUAUUUAAAUGAAACCAUUCUUAUUACCAUAAAUCUAGUCAUUGAAAUGUGACAUGACAAUAUCUGGGGUGUGGAGUUUUUAAAUAAUAAUGCAACUGGUUUGUUCACAUGUUAAUAAUUUUUUACUUUUUUAUUGAACAGUUCCUAUGGUGGAAUCGUCUUAGGAAGAUCUUUCUGGGAUAAGAUUCCACUCACUUUAGUAAAUGGACUGCAUUAGCCAAUAUGGACAUCAAGGGACAUGGGAUGUAUAUACUGGACUGGUGGGGAGGAUUCAACGUUUUAAGGAUCAUUAAGUGCUAAAAAUUACAAGGAAGGAAUCAAAAUUCAGUUUUGUUGCUUUAGCGCUCUUGGAAUGGAUUAAUCUUGUAGGAUGGCAUGCGGUCGAUAUUUAGGUUAUUAGGAAUAAUCAUGUUAGUGUUACUUAAACGAUCCUUAGAGAUUGCAAGCCAGGAUUCAGGUGCAAUCUCAAGGAAUACUAAAAUGCUUGAAAUUGAACCUUAAGGAUGGUAAAAACUAACAGUCACUUUCCAAAAUUUCAACCAAAUAAAUUGCGAUGGAUUAAGACCAACCUUAAGGAUUAUAUGGAAAAAGUCCAUAUUCAGCCUUGAGGAUCGUAUAGGCAAAAGAAAAGUAAGCGUUUAAUCAUGCAAAACAACAAACCUUAAGGAUUACUAAGAGGGGUUAAAUUUUUUGGGGGGAUUGAGACCAGAUUCUGCUCUGAAUAUCAAGGAUCUUAAAGAAGGAUCAAAAGUAUACCUUAAGGAUUACUAGGAAGGAUUCAAACUGGACCUUAAGGAUUGCUUGGAUGGAUUUGAUAUACAUCUAGGAUCACUAGGAAGGAUUUAAAUUAAACUGUAAGGAUCGAUUUGAGGAAUUGCUAGUAUGGAUUGGAACGAAACUUAAGGAUUGUUAGGGAGGAUUCUAAAAUAAUUUUGAUGGAUUCAGAAUGAAACCAUAAGGAUUGCUGAAUUCAUACUGCACCUUUAGGAACGUAAGGAAGGAUUUAACUGCCCCCGUUUAAGGAUUGUGAAAAAAAUUCUAUGUAUCGAGAAGGAUUCACACUACUCCUUAAGGAAAUUUGGCCAGGAUUCAAACCAUCCUUAAGGAACUAGAAUGGAUUCAUGCUAACCCUUACGAAUUUUAGGGAAGGAUUUAAACUAAUCCUUAAGGAUCAUUGGGGAAGAUUCAAGCUAUAUCUAAAGGAUCAUUAGCGAAAAUUCAUGCAAUUCAUUGGGAUCACGGGGAAUGAAUCCUGCUUAACCUUAAGAUUAACAGAGAAGCAUUCAUGCUUAACCUUAAGGAUCAUGAUAAAGAUUUGAACUAAACAUUAAGGAUAUUUAGGAUGGAUUCAGGUUAAGAUGUUUUAAGGAUCAUUGGGAGGAUACAAACUGUACCGUAUGAAAUUUUGAGAUUCAAGCUAAGAGAUUGCAAGCAUGGAUUUAUGCUAAGUCUUAAAGAUCAUGGGUAAGGAUUCUAACUAAACUUAACGGACCGUGGGUUCACACUGACCCAAAGAAUCAAUAGGAUUGGUUCCAACUGACCCUUAAGGAUUACUAGGAAGGAUUCAUACUUAAGCGUAAGGAAUACUAAUCUCAAUUUCAAAAUGAAAAUCAUAGACUAAAUGGAUUACUACUAGACAUAAGUGAACUAUGGUCUGAUAGGAUGAAUUCAGUAUCUACUGUAAAGAUUUCAGCUUGGGACUUAACUUCACUUACCAUAAGGAAUGUUAGGUACAGUAUCAUUGAAACAAAACCUUUGAGAUUAAUAGGAAAUGUAAUAGGAAUUUUAGGAUUUAUAGGAAUUUUUUAAAUAAAACUGAGGGAUUACUGUGGGUCCAUACUCCAUUGGAACUUUCAUGUAGUAUAUAUCAUUAGUCAAAAAUUAGUACACAAUAUUAAAUGUUGUGUUGUGAAAUAUUUAGACUAGGCAUUAUACCAAAAACAAUGUAGAGUGCAUGGAAAGUAGGGGGAAUUGAAUGACUUUAUCUUUCUUUUUCAAAUAAAUUAAAUGUAGCUUAGAAAAAAGCGAUCUUGAAAUUAAAAUGUCAAGGGAUCGUUAACAUCUACAUUUAAAAUGUUCCCUAUUUGUUCAUCAUGGCCCAUGUGUGAUAUUACCAUUGCAAAUGGAUGCCUUAGGAGGGACUCUUUUUAGGAUGGAAAAAGGACCAAUAGAACUUUGGAAAAGGAAAAAAAUAUACAUGGGAAAUUCAUAGGAAAAGACAACGUUGGAUUUAAGUUUACGGGCAGUUGGGAUAACAACUUUCGGAUCUUAAAUGAUAAUGCUUCUUUUUGUCACUGCAUUUGGAGCUUCUCAUAAUCUAAGCCUGCAACAACUCGCCUUGGAUCAUCACCUAAGUGAAUUCAUUCUGAGGUUGUAUUUGCGGCAAGGCAAGAUAAUGGAAAGGAGCCUCAUUUAAGGAUAGGAAUAAAUUUCGCAUUGGAACUAUGGUAAGUAAUCAGUAAACGUAAGUGUGUUCAUUUUCUCCCUCGUCUUUGAACAUUUUUAUUGGUCCUUUUCCAAAGUUUUAAAUUGUAUCAUCUAAUGAACAUAUUAAUCAUAAUUCAUUAUAAUGAUUUUAAAAAUGGCAUGUUUUGUCUAAUAAAGUAAUAAUAUCAUGCAAUUC